GUACGCUUAGGCUGGGUAUCUUAUUUAUUAAAUCAUGACUCUACUUUAACUAGAACGUGGAAGAAAACAUUUAUUUAUUUUUUCAGUUCAUACCUACAGCAAACAUUUUCUUGCGUAAAUUUAUAAGUUACUAGCUGUAUUCGCCCGCUUCGCUGGGCAUUUGAAAUUAGCAUUAUUAUUUAUUGUCAUUAUUAUUAGGGAGUCCAACACUCUAAAUAUUAGCCUAUCCAUUAAGUACGUACAUGUAUUUUCUACAUGGAUACCAAGUUUCAAGUCAAUCAGAUGCAUGGUUCAAUAGUUAUAACGGAACAUUCGUAAAAACACCUGUAGAUUUAUAUAUUAGUAUAGAUCUCAUUUUUAAUGGACCAAACGUUUUAUGAAAUGAACCAGUGCUGUAAAUUAAAAGUUAUUGCUUAUUGUUCCGUCUAAACAUAAAAAUAAACGUACCUACCUGAUUUUAAAUGUUAUCUAUUGUAAUGAUGUUUGAAGACAUCGCGGGAGACAUCCUGAAAAUAACACAGUUUUGCGGCAUGAAUGCGCCCACGCCGCGGCGCUACCGUCGCACUUAUCCGCCAUUUUCACACUCUUCGAGCUUUCCCGCACGCAGAUCACGGAGCAUCCCCCGCGUCGGUAGUGGUGCGAGACACGAGUCGUGUCGCAAUCCGUGGUGCCCCUACACGUGCAGUAGAUACUUGGCAACUUAAUAAAUAACUUCAAGCUUCACUGUUUUCUAAUCUAAAGUCGUUCGAGCCGAUGACUCUCAUCCAACGAUCUUGUGAUACAAAGGUUGACGCAAUGGAUCGGCUCACCAAUAAAGAGAACAACGAGAAACCUGCAAGACCCGUAAGGAACAGAAGAUAUGCGAGACAUAGUUUCGUGGCCGGGCAUCGACCACAAAAGAGACUUUUCACUCCUGAAAUAAAAAGGUAUUUGAAGGACUGGCUGGUACGCCGAAGAGAUAAUCCGUAUCCCAACAGAGAGGAAAAAAAAUAUUUAUCACGCGAAACAGGACUUACAUAUAUCCAAAUUUGUAAUUGGUUUGCUAACUGGCGAAGGAAACUGAAGAAUGCGAAUGGCGAUCGUCACCAUUUGACUUGGGGCCAUCUUAUUCGUACUUACAACGAUCGCGCUCAAGGAAACGUUGAGCAGUUUAGUAUUUGUUCUGACGACAGCAUCUGGAGCGAACCCGAACUGUGCAGUCCAGACCAAAACAGCUUAGAAAACGAAGUCAUUUUAACCGACAGCCCUAGUUCCGGACUUUAUGAAAAAGAAACAGAAGCAGCACUUAAAGACCGCUGCGAUAACUUGAACAAUAAUUCAUACAGCUUCGAUCACGACAGUCCUCAGAAGAAUCCUAAGGCAGUGACGAGCCCCGUUCUUUUAAGUAAGUGGUUAGAAAGUGCAGCUAGAUUCCAACCGAGCGAAAUCAAUUAUUCGUGGUGGGCAGACGAGAAACGACGUCGACCAGAAGCUAAGGCUCAGCGGGUGGCACUAAAUAAUAUGAUACGACACGAUCGAGACGAGGUCGAGGCAGCAGUUGCCCUCACGGUCCUCGCAACGGCUUCUUCGCGCAUAACAGCACCAUAAAGCGAUCGAAUUAAAAUGACUAUGUACGAAGAUUGUUAUGUUGAUACAGUGUUGAAAAACCACUAAACCUGGUAUAGAUUCUUAGUCAAAACUUGUUACUUUUGUAACUUAUUGUAUUUUAAUCAAACUAAAGUCAACAUUUAAUAUCCAUUUAGGAACCUUUGUACCCAAAGCACAUACCAUUUACACUGGAAUCUUGCUCAAGUAUUAUUAACGUUUAUAUAAGUAUUAAAUUUUGAAACUCUUUUUCAAAUAAAAAGUAUGUUAUGGUAUGUAAAAGUUGUAGAUUUUAAUAUUUUUUGAUCUCUUUGUAAUUAGUUUUAAUUAGUUCCUUUGCCAAAGAUUUUAAUAAAUUAAGUUUUUUUAUUACACAUAAA